GCAAAAUGUAUUCCUUGACCCUGAGAUGAUAAAAAAGGAAGUUGAGUUGGAUCAAGAGAGACAGAGGCCAACUACCGAAAAAGUUACGCCAUCACUUCCCGCCGAAGAGUUUCCCGUAGAUAUCGACAAGAUCUUCCCAGAAGACAAAUUUCUGCAGGACAGGCUCAGAGAUUUCCUUAACAGAUUGGCGAAUGACGUUAAGAGUUUCGUGCGUUACUACCUUGGUCCGCUUCCUCCGGACCAGCAGGGAAGGGUACUUGGUCGUCUCGCUGACCAAGUGGGUCCUUACGACCAAAAUGUAUUCCUUGACCCAGAUAUGAUCAGAAGGGAAGUCGAGUUGGACCAAGAGAGGCAGAGGCCAACCACCGAAAAAGUUACACCACCACUUCCCGCCGAAGAGCUUCCCGUAGAUAUCGACAAGAUCUUCCCAGAAGACAGAUUUCUGCAGGAUAGGAUUAGAGAUUUCCUCAACAGAUUGGCGAAGGAUGUUAAGGGUUUCGUGCGUUACUACCUUGGUCCUCUUCCUCCGGACCAACAGGGAAGGGUACUUGGUCGUCUCGCUGACCAAGUGGGUCCCUACGACCAAAAUGUAGUCCUGGACCCUGAGACAAUAAGAAAGGAAAUCGAGUUGGAUCAGAGGCCAACGACCACCGAACUAGCUACGCCGCCACCUCCCGUCGAGGAGCUUCCAGUAGAUGUCGAAAAGAUCUACCCAAAAGACAGAUUUCUGCAGGACAGGCUCAGAGAUUUCCUUAACAGAUUGGCGAAGGACUCCAAGAGUUUCGUGCACUACUACGUUGGUCCUCUUCCUCCAGAUCAACAGGGAAGGGUACUCACCCGAUUAGCCGAUCAGACCGAUCCCUACGAACAAAACGUGGCCCUUGACCCAGACACGAUAAAAAAGGAAAUCGAGUUAGACGAAGAGCGCCAGAGGCCUUCGCCUCCGGUCGAAAAACUUCCUUUAGAUGCCGACAAGAUCUUCCCACAUGACAAAGACCUGCAGAACAAGCUCCGGGACUUCCUUAACCGCCUGUCGAAGGAUGCGAAGAGUUUUGUGCAUUACUACCUUGGCCCUCUGCCCCCGGACCAACAGGGAAGAGUACUUUCUCGUCUCGCUGAUCAAGUUGAUCCCUACGCUCAAGACGUACACCUAGACCCUGACACCAUAAGAAAGGAAAUCGAGUUAGACCAAGAGAGACAGAGACCCCCACCUCCCGUCGACGAGCUUCCCGUUGAUAUCGACAAAAUCUUCCCACAAGAUAGAGACCUGCAGAACAGACUCAGAGACUUCCUCAACAGACUGACGAAGGACACCAAGAGUUUCGUACGCUACUACCUCAGCCCUCUGCCUCCGGACCAACAGGGUAGGGUACUUGCUCGUCUCGCUAAUGGAGUUGAUCCCUACGAUCAGAACGUGGUCCUUGAUCCUGAGACCAUAAGGAAGGCUAUUGAAGCGGAUAAUCGGCCGGAAGGAAGUGGAACCGAAGUACCUCACGUGGACCUUCCAUUAGACGUAGAUCGAAUUUAUCCUCACAACAAAGUCCUCCAGAACGUAGUCAAGGACUUUUUGGAACGGCUGUCCGAUUACUCAAAGAACCUGGUACGAAUGUAUCUUGGUAACCUGCCACCCAAGCAGCAGGGACGAGUUCUUCUUCGCCUUUCCGCGCCAAUUGAUUCGUCCGAGAAGGACAUCGUGCUCGAUUCCGACAUCAUACGAAAGGAGAUCGGGUUGGACAAAGGUGGUAAGAAGGUGCCGGAAACCACCGCCGAACCACCGGUGGAUGUCGAGCGAAUUCACCCCCAAAGCAAGGAGCUGCAGAACAAGACCAAACAGUUCCUGGACAGACUGACGAAGGACUCAUCCAACCUGGUGCGGCAACACCUCGGCGACCUGAGCCCUGCGCAACAAGGAAGAGUGUUGGACCUCCUGUCCGACCCGAUUGAUCCUAGGCAGGAAAACGUAACCUUGGAUUCGUACACGAUAAUGAAGGCGAUUGACAUCGACAAUGAGAACUUCAAGGAGCACUACAAAGCCGACAGACCGCCAGUGAACGUGGAGAAAAUUUACCCCGAAAACUUGGACUUACAAGAUAAAGUCAGGGACUUCUUGGACCAACUCUCGAAGGACUCACAGGACUUGGUCGGAGAGUACUUAGGCAAUCGGACGUCAGAGCAACAGGGGCGUGUCCUUCUAGAGCUCGCCAAACCAAUCAACCCUGUGCUAAACAACGUGACUUUGGACGCGGAGACGAUAAAGAAGGCAAUCGAAUUGGACGAAAGGAACCAAUCGAAGAGUACGGAGGAGGUACCGACCACUGCUCCGACGACUGACACUACACCAAAGAUGACUUCGAGCGCAAAAACACCAUCGCCGCAUACGCUCGAGAAUUUGUUCCCAGCCAAACCAGAUAUACAGGAACACGUGGAAAAGUUCUGGUACAACCUGACUCCGGCAUCUCAGACCACACUACGCAACAGCGUUUGCAACUUGAAACCGGAAAAGCAGCGCCGCAUCCUCGUCUACCUAACACGCGUCAGCGAGGCGAGAACGAAUCAAAAUGGGGAGAAAAUGAUGUUACACAACGACUCCGUCGAAAAGGUUGUCCUCAUGGACGACAAGGGUGAACUUGGUGAGGCUCAGAAGAUCAUCGACGACGGUAAAUGGCCUGAUGAACCCCUGGACGAUGGUUCAAUCGACGGUUCCGGUUCCAGCGGGCGAAUUGUGCACGUGGCCUGUCUCAGUAUUCUUGCGGUGGUGUGGCUCAUAGUUUAAGUAGGUUAAGCGAAUUGUUUUUAUUAUCUAAAACUGUUAAAUAUAAAAUCAC